GAAGCCUCUGGUGUCGCUGUAACAUCAUCCGGAUGUCACAGAGAACCAUCCCUAUCUUCAAAUUCUUGAGACAUGGUUCUGCGUUCUUCGACGCCUUCAUUCUUCGUUCCCAAUCCGAAUGAUGGUUCUUCAAAGACAUGUUUUUGGGAAGGCCACGCGUUAUGUUAUCUCUUGGUUAGCUUCGUAUGCUCUUGCCGAGGGAGGCUGUGUGGUUGUCUUGAUCUGUCACUUAGUUUUAAGUCUUGACAUAUAACCCCGCACCAAAGUAGUCUUGAUCAACUCAACCCUGCUAGAGGAGCUAGUGCUAACGAGCAUAUAAGCCGUUAUACUUCCUUCAUUGUUUCAUAAGUUUUGCCCUGUCCAGUAAAUCAACUGCACAUAAAUUCAAUGAUGUUUCUUUCACGCUUUUUGGCUGGUACUAUUCUGGCUUCAUCGGUAAUAUCCGCUCAGAAUGUCUCCUAUUGUGCUAGUGGUGUAUGCUUUGCUGUCAAUAUACCAGCAUCAACUGCUUCAAGGGGCUCAGGAGACAUAUAUAUACAGAUGAGUGGAUCAGAUACAAUGUCUUGGAUAGGUGUCGGACAAGGUUCCGCUAUGAGAGGUGCCAAAAUUUUCGUAAUGUACGCCGAUUCGACUGGGAACAAUGUCACAAUCAGUCCUAGGCUCGGUGUUGGGCAUGUAGAGCCAAAUGCCGACACUUCUGCUCAGGUCACUUUACUGGAUGGUUCUGGUAUAAUAAAUGGUCAAAUGGUAGCCAAUUUUAGAUGUUCAAAUUGUGAUAGCUGGAGCGGUGGAUCUAUGAGCUUCACUGAUUCUUCUUCGGAGUGGAUCUGGGCCCAUAAGACCGGCGCUGCAUUAUCGUCCAACAGUGUUGAUGCAGGUCUCGAAUUUCAUGAUGAAUACGGAGUAGCCAGUUUGAAUUUACAGCCACCGGCGGAGAAAGCAAAAACCCAUUUUUGACGGCUGGAUCCGUUUCUACGCCCAGCCAAACAUCCUCUGGCGCUAGUGAUGCUGCGACUGGGCAAUCUGAUAUGACGAGAGUGACUAUCGCACAUGGUGUUUUGGCUGCUCUUGCCUACGUCAUUCUCUUCCCUUCAGGUGCGAUCGCAAUUAGGAUCUUUAAUUUCCGUAAUUUGCUAUGGCUCCAUGCCGGCUGGAUGGUUGGCGCUUAUAUGAUUGUGCUUGCGUCACUUGGAAUGGGUGUAUGGAUGGCAUACAAGUUGAAUGUUCUCGACAGCACCCACUCAGUCAUUGGCCUUGUUGUGGCCGGAUGCUUACUCCUUCAGCCUAUCACUGGAUUGACACACCACAUGUUGUAUAAGCGUCGUGGUGGUCCUAAUGUUGCAACGUAUCCCCAUGUUUGGUGGGGUCGCGCAGCCAUUACUCUUGGGAUCAUUAACGGUGGUUUGGGUUUGAGGUUAGCUGACAAUAGUAAAAAGGGUGAGAUCGCAUAUGGAGUGAUCGCGGGUUUUAUGUGGGUUUUGUGGGUAGCAGUCAUUCUUUUUGCAACGGUGAAAAUCAGAGGGCGUCGUGGCAGCGGUAUGGGUGGACCUGGAGCCUCGGUAAUCAGGGAGAAGUCCAGCACGGAAGGAUCCUACUUCCACGAUAACUCGUCGCCUCCCCAGUCUAUGCAGGAAGCACAUGAUCCUGCUAUAUUACCUACAUCUCAUCGUACUUAGACUUCACAACGUUUUUUCAUACGUCAAAUCGAAACAGGCACUGGCAAUAGAAGCCAUGAAACCUGUCCAGUAGGCUGGAUGCUGGUAACAACACAGGAUGGGUUGGUUGUUUUCAUAUUGUUUUAGCGAAUAUUCAUCAAU